UGAUCCAAAGAGGCAUUACAAAAAGGGUGAUACAAAGUCAAAGACACUUCCCAAGUAUUUUCAGGUUGGUACAGUGAUCGAGUCUGCAUCAGAUUUCUUCUCAGGUAGGCUCACUAAGAAGGAGAGGAAAGCAACCCUUGCAGAUGAGCUACUUUCUGAUCGGCCCCUUGGGGAGUACAGGUACUUGCAAGGAUUUUGUCAUCUACUUACCGAUAGAAUUGCUUCUGGUGAUGAUGCAAAGUAUGACUUGGGAAUUGACCUAGCCACCAUGAUGUGUGAAAUUUUAUUUUGAAAAACUUAUUAGUGGAGCCUAUGAGCUAGAUUUUUUUGUUGAAAUGAGGACUAUCUAUAUGGAUAUGGGAUUUUUUUUGUAUCCAUGAUGACAAUGUGAUUUGUUAUGUGUUUUGUUCCAAUUGAACUUUUGUAGGGAAUGGAUAACCAUUUAUCA